AUGAAUAAAGAAAAUAUUAACUUCAAAAUUGGAGAUCUUGUGUUUGCAAAGGUUAGAGGAUACCCACCAUGGCCAGCACGUAUAGUGGGCUCUAGUAAUAACCAGUAUGACGUGUGUUUCUUUGGUACCGGCGAAACAGGGAAAAUAAGUGUACACAACCUCUUCCAUUAUGCAGAGCAUAAGGAAGAAUUUGUAACAGAAAGUAAAUUAAAAAGAAAAUCCUAUCGAGCGGCAGUGGAUGAAAGUGAAUCCUUUACGAAACCACUUGCUGAAAUCAAGAAAGAACACGUCAUGUUAUUCAACAUAAUACCAGAACAUAUAUAUGAUGAAAUGGAAUUAAAUGAUGAGCAACCUCAGCAAUGCGAAUGCGAUAUUAAGUUAGAACAUCAGAAAGUGGCGGAAGUUUCACAAAGUAACGAAGAGUUUCCUAUAUCAGCAGUGCUAGUUUCCAGACUGUUAAAUUAUAAAAUUCGUUCCGAUGCAUAUGAUCGCUUGAAAUCCAAAAUUGAAACCUUUUUAGCCACAAUGACUGAUGACAACGUUCCAAUACUUCAAGACCUAAUAUUUACCAGCGAAUGUCAUAAAAUCAAAAUAUGCUUGGGUCUCAAAACACACGUAUUGCACAUUGAUGGAGCAUUGGAGGUAUUCAAGGACUUCAAAAGGUUCGAAUUCACUUCUGCAAUCUUGUUACGAUGUCCGGAAGGUGUGGAUGUCAUAAGGAAGGUCCGGAAAUUUGUUGGCAAUUCCGUAGAGUGGAAAUUACAUGGCUUGGACAAGGCAAUACUUACAGCAAAGUCGAAAAUACUUCGAGAGGAAGCCAGAGCGUUGUAUAACAAAUUCAAAAUGCUUUUCAAAUUCAAUGAGCCGAAACCAUUUUGGAAAGAGUUCCUAAAAUAUGUCAAGGUCCUAGAAAAAACAACAAACGAGUUAAACAUAGAACAGUAUAUGUUGCUUACUGAGGACGUUUGUGUACGUCAUUGCCGCAGUGCACAAAAAAAUUAG